CAACACUUUCGCCCUAGCAGAUGACAAGCGCCUCGAAACAACAUUGCCUUUCGACUAGGCUGACAUAAAUCUCAUUGAACUGUAUCUCACUGGAGUUAUGGCGUCAGCGGCUUAUGGGGAAAUCCUCGUCAGGUAUUUUAAGAUAACUCAAGAGCUCGUUAAGGCACCAGACGCUCGGUCGAGAACGACGGAUACAGGCUCUUCAAGCCCUGAAGAGUCCGAAGGGGUUUCUGAGAGAGUUUUAGGGAAAUCAACAGAUUCCGCUGCGCAUACAGAUCCCACAGGAGAUGCCGUGGCUCGGCUUCUUGCACGACAGGCUCAUGCAUUGAUCACAAUUCACAAUGAUUUGACGUCGAGUAAGAGAAUCGUCAACAUCAAUCAGAGUCUCCUUGAAAGAAGAAUCGCAGACUUGAUCUCCAUCUCGUCGUCCAAAUUUUACGCCUACCGAUAUGACCUCCUCCCUGUCGUGUGGCGUCAGAUAUACACUGACGCUUGCAUCCUUGACUCUUUUAGUCUCAUCAUGCAACCACUCAUAAUCCAUAGCAUUGUCCCAGAUAAGCUUCUAGAUCUUGUCGUUGAGAAGCUUGAUAGAGCACUCAUCACGGCGGGUGGUGGUGGACGACAACAAUGGCUUGAGGACACAAUACGGAUGCUUGAAUUAGCUUGGACGGCGAAUGAGGAACAUAAGAGGCCAACAAAGCGUCAAAGAUAUGACACUUCGACGCAAUGCUUUUCUAACUACCAGCCUCACGGAGAACCAAGGCUCUCACCUACGAGGGAAUGUCCUCGGCGCUCCGGCUGGAUAAUGCCACAGUUUGAAGACUACAUGAACAGCAACAACGGAGAGCCUCGGCCUAUUAUCUUCACAGAUUUAAUUACAGGGUGGCCUGCUCUCACGGGCCGCCCCUGGAAGGAUCCAGAGUAUCUCCUCUCACAAACCUUUGGGGGGAGACGUCUGGUACCGGUUGAAAUCGGUAGAAGUUAUGUUGAUGAGGGUUGGGGACAAGAACUUAUCCAGUUCCGCGAUUUUCUUGAUCGCUAUGUUACAGGAGAAACAGAUAGCGUUGGCUAUCUUGCCCAGCAUAACCUUUUCCGGCAGAUCCCUUCGCUGCGUAACGACAUAACUAUACCGGACUUCUGCUGGGUCGACGUCCCACCUCAUCCAACAACUCCGUCUCUAAAUCAGCCGCCGGUUGACAUGCCCCAGCUCAACGCCUGGUUCGGCCCAGCGCGCACUAUCACACCUCUUCACACCGACGGCUAUCAUAACCUGCUCUGCCAGGUCGUUGGAACAAAAUAUAUCCGUCUGUAUCCUCCUCGAGCAACAUAUGCUAUGCAGCCGCGGGUAUCUGAGCAUGGUAUUAAUAUGAGCAACACGAGUAGAUUAGAUGUGGGUGUGCUUGAAGAAUGGGAUGAGAAACCGAAAGAUAUGAGUGACGAAGAUGUCCAAAGGAUGAGGAAGCAACUCGAAGGUAUCGAGUAUUGGGAGUGCAUCCUUAAACCAGGAGACACGCUGGUUAUUCCUAUUGGAUGGUGGCAUUAUGUGAGAAGUCUAAGCGUGAGCUUCAGUGUGAGCUUCUGGUGGAAUUAGUAGGCCAUGGGGGCCAGGGAGAUCCAUGAAUGAAUUUCACACGGAUCUGCAGGAGGCUGAUUUCAGUGACUGUGAUGUGAUAAGACGACAAUGUGGGUCGUCAACAUUGUCAAUCCGUUGCCUACGGACAAGACUCUGCUGAAUCAAACUCCUGUAGAUUUUACAGAACAUCAGAAAGACCUGUGAUCCCUUUGUUACCCAGCUGUCGAUGCAUCAUCCACGCUCUCACUCGUUCCCUGGGCCUCUCUCCGAGCUUUCGCUCCAGCCUUCAGUGUCUCCCACUUCUCACGAUACUUGUCCAAAACCUUUUGCAUCUUUCGGUUGUCCUUUUCCAGUCGCUCCAUC